GUAGCCCAAUUGGUGACGUGUUAUUACUUUUUCUGUAUUUGCAACAGUUUUCUGUGAUUUUAAACUUUAACCCAACUUUAGCACUUUCUAAAAGCUGUUUUAAAGAAAAAAAACUGUCGGGUAUGUGUCAGACAUUAUCGCAAAUAGUAUUAUAUUUAACUUGCGGUUUACAUCUGUUGUAUUCUUUGUAUUCAACUGAAACUAUACCAAAGUACGCUUUAGGUGCAUUUGUUUGUUAUUAUACUCAACCUGAGUUGCAUCAUGCUCAUAGUGAGUUUUGUUAUGCUGCGCUAGUAUUUUUUUCAAACUACAAGAUUCUCUUACCACUUCUUUUUCAGCUAUAUUACUUGAUAGCUAGUAACAUAUGAAAAUGUAACGAAGAAGAAAAAGAUGGAAAAAGACGAUAAGGAAAGUAUUCUUAAUGAUGCUCAGAUGAGCCCAGAUAUAGGCAAAGCAAAUGAAUAUUGCACUUCACCUGAAGAACCUGCUAAACCAGUACUAGAAGCAGACGAGUAUAUAGAAGAAGUCGGAGAUUGUGGAUUGUAUCAAUUUAGAACACAAGUUAUCUUUUUACUUUUCAUGGUGGUAAUAACAUCACAAAUCUUCAUAAGUUACUUUGUUGUUCACGAUCCACCUUGGCAAUGUAAACAAAACAGCACAGUAUGUAACUUCACAUCCCCUAUCUCUUCACACGACCAUGUAAACUUUCGCGAGAAAUGUAAAAUGCCGCGAAGCGAAUGGGAAUUCACGAAACAUAAAGAAUACUCUAUUGUAACUCAGUUUGAAUUGGUUUGCAAUCGAGAAUAUUAUGCUACAGUUAGUCAUUCCUUGGUGUUUAUUGGUAUGGGCGGUGGUGCUUUAAUAAUGACUUAUCUGAUGGACAGAUUUGGACGUAAAACAAUCAUAUUCCCAUCCGUGUUUGCUAUUAUAUUUAGCGCUAUUCUUUCUGUCGUUGCCAAUCACUUGAUAUUGUUCAUAGUCUCUCGCCUUGUGAUUGGUAUAGCUCUCAGUGGAGGGGUGAUCUUUGUACUAGCUGCUGAAAUCUCUGGACCAAAAUAUCGCGCACUGACAUCUACAAUGAUUUGGGUUUAUUUUUCUGGAGUGUUGGUGUUAUUAACAGGAGUGGCGUAUCUAUCACAAAAUUGGAAGACUCUGGAGCUAACAUUCACAGUUCCUUUUUUACUGCUAAUAUUCACUUGGAGGUACUUUCCAGAAUCAAUACGUUGGAUGAGAAUGAAUGACAAACUUGAAGAAGCUGAAGAGUUAUUGAAAUCAAUGGCAAAGAUAAAUGGCAAGCCAGUACCUAACGCUACUCUUCGUAGAGAAUCUCAAACACACACAACCACAACAUUUCUACAUUUAUUUUAUCCAAUGAAGGUUUUUACCCAAACAUCAAUACAAAGUUUAGCAUGGUUUGUGUCUGGUCUUACAUACUUCGCUGCUACGUUCGCUGCUCAAGAUCUAAGUGGAAACUUUUAUAUGGACUUCAUAUUGACCAGUAUCAUCGAAGUACCUGCUAAUGUUGCGGUUAUUUUCUUCUGUGACAGAAUUGGGCGUAAAAGAGCAGUUAUAACACAUUAUUAUUUAGCUUCAGUGGCUUGUCUUAUAGUGUCAUUUACACCACUUGAACCGAAUGGAAAUACAGAAAAGAAGUUUGUCAGAUUAGCUGCUGGAAUUAUUGCGAAGUAUGCUGCAACAUGUUACUUCAAUUCACUGUAUAUCUGGUCUGCAGAAUUAUAUCCGACAUCUAUAAGAGCUCAAGCUAUUGGAUUUUUGUUAGCAAUCAGCAGAUUUGGUGGUUCUCUUGCACCAAUGGUCAUCACCACCUUGAAAUAUGUUAAUGAAGCGUUUCCAUUUCUGUUGAUGACAAUUCUUAAUAUUAUCGCCGGAACGUUGUGUUUAUAUCUUGGCGAUACAAAAGAUGUACAUAUACCUGAUACAAUGGAGGAAUAUAUAGAUUCCCUUUAAAACAUGAUCCAAUACUGCUUAUAUUCAACAACAUUCUUCUAAACUUGGAAAGACUGCUGAAACUCUGCAGCGAGACUCCUUUUUACUGAAAAUCUAUAAGUACAGCAUUGACUGCUCCAAAACACAUGAGUGAAUACAAAGCGUUUUUUAAAAUAAUAAGAAGCAAUAAGAAAUCAUUUAUUAAAGAAUACUUAAACAUAAUUUUUUAUUACCGCAAUUUUUAGCCUGCUCCCUUUACUUAACGUUGUUAAAUAAUCCCUUCAUCCAGAGUCCUAAACUAUUAUUUUUAACUUUUCUUUUAUUUACCUGAAGCAGUCAAAGGAACAUGCUUUUCAGAUAUGUUAUUCACAUUUACUGAGCAAGAAAGUAUCCAAGUCUUAUCAAAAGAGCAAUUAAUAAUAUAGGUUCUUAAUGCGUUGGAAUUUUUGCCAAGAAAAAGCUACCUGGUUCUUCACAUAAUGAAAUAUGUGCAUCAAGAAAGAAAAAGAACUUCUUGUGUUAAAUGGAGAUGAUGAUAGAGACGAAGAAAUUCUUCUGUUAGACUGAGAUAUUUCCGUCUAACAGAAGGAAGGUGAAGGAGCUAAUCAGAAGAGCUGUACGUAUUUUAGCGUUUCGGCUUUGUAUAUUAUAAACGGUAGCUCCUUUUUGCAUUGAUUGUGGUCACUUGAUUUUUGCUUUUCUUAUUUCUUAAUUUUUUAGGUUUUUAUAUAUAAAAUAAUAUACACUGGAUGGUGUAAUUUUCGAUGAAACAUAACACGUGUAAGUCAGGUAUAUUAUUAAACUGCUUCUGUACAGCAAACAACCAGGAAAAAAUAAUAUUUUACUGUAUGCACACCUGAUUAGCUUAACACUUACGGUGGAAGGAGCUAGUCAGAAGAGCUAUACGCAUUUAGCGUAUGAGUUCUGUGCGUUAUGCAGUUGAAUUCCCUUGAUAAAAAUACGUACACUUGGUUAGUUUGACAUUUUAGGUGGAAGGAGCUAGUCAAAAGGGCUGUGCGCUCUUUGUGCAUGAGUCCUGUACUUUAAGUGCAAGUUUUUUUAAAAAAAGAACCUCGUUUGGCUGCAGUGCUUUAAAGUAUGCCUGUCUUAUGCUUUUUAUGUGGUCAUUUACAUAGAUUUAGAUUUAAACUGAGCAACAUGUAAAUAGCUUUUUUGUAAAAAUUUAUAAGUAAUAUAUACAUACACUAGUCGUUACUCCUGGAAAAUUCA